AUGAACCAGAACAAUCUUUAUCUUUAUCCUAUAUUUUCAAGAACAAUCGUUUCAAUUCACUUUUCUGUUUUUCUGGUUUUCAUUGGAUUCAUCUCGAAUUUCUCAAAUUCAUGUCUUUCUUCUAAAACCAAAAGUGCAAUCAAUCGCGCUCAUACUUCCUUCAAUUCAGGGCGCCAACUGGAAUGUGCAAACUUGACAACGAAGACGACACAAAAUUCUGAAACUUCUCUCUCUGGGUUUCGAGAAAAAAUGUCAACCGGAAAUUGCAGAAGGAUUUCCCCGGAAGAAGUUCAGAAGGUACAAAAUCUAAUAGAACAAUGUCUAUGGAAUUACAUGAACAAGAAACAAGCGAUGGAUAUUCUCUAUCAGAAACAAAACAUUGAACCUAUCUUUACAAAGCUUGUUUGGGAGAGGCUUGAAGAAGAAAAUCAAGAAUUCUUCAAGAUUUACUAUCUGAAGUUAGCGUUGACAAAUCAAAUAACGCAAUUUAACGAUCUGCUGCUUAUCAACAAGCUGUAG